AUGUCUGCAGACUUGUACGACUGUCUGGUACUUGGUGCUGGCCCGGCUGGCCUCGCAGCAGCUGUUACAUUGGGCAGAUCAUACCUCAACAUACUCGUUCUGUCCAAUGACAGAUUUCGGAACGCAAACUCUGGCCAUAUGCAUACGAUGCCUACAUGGGAUCACGAAGAUCCCUCCAAGUAUCGCGCUGCUGCACGAAAGGAAAUUGCCGACAAGUAUAAGACCGUCACGUUCUGCGAUACCGACAUCACACUCCUUGAACCCGAGGCGACUUUGAGUGGAUGGGCUCCAACACAAUUCGCGGCCGUCACUGCGCAAGGCGAGAGGUUCCGAGGACGGAAGAUAAUCAUCGCCACUGGAUGCCAGGACAUAUUGCCUCCUAUUGAGGGCUUCGGCGACGGCUGGGGAAAGAGAAUCUUUCAUUGUUUGUUUUGUCGUGGCUACGAAGACUACACACACUUGCCAGUAGGAAUACUGUGUCUAUCGCAGGAACCCCAGAAGCUCGCCAGCACGCUGAGUAUGGCGCUUUUCUCGACGAAUUUUACUAGUUCCUCCCAACUACCUACCCUCUUGACAAACGGCGCCAUGUCUCCGUCUGAUGUUGAGGAAGCUGCAGCCAGGGCACCAAUGCGCGGUACCCUUGGUUUGAAAAUCGACUCACGGCCGCUCAAGAGAAUCGAAUAUGAUCCACAUGAGCCCGACCAGAUUGUCGUGAGUUUCUCCGAAGGCGAGCCGCAGACUUUCGGCUUCCUGGUGCAUAAGGCGGACACCCAAACAAUUGGCAACUGGGCGGAACAGCUUGGGAUUGAGACGAUAAGCUCGAAUCCCAACAGCGAUCUCAAGCUCGUCUCACCGCUGGGCGAGACCUCGGUGAAAGGGGUGUAUGCGGCCGGCGACUGUGCCACGCCCCUCAAACAAGUGACCAACGCUGUGGCGAUGGGCGUCAUCGCCGGUGCAAGCGUCGCCAACGCAGUCAGUGUAGAGAAGAUGAUCAGACGCAACCAGGAGAUAGGGCUGAAGUAG